UCUGAAGUUAAUGCAGUUAACUUAAAUAAACUUGAAUUUUUAAAGAAUGCUGUUGUCAAAGUUCUUGCUAAACAUAUUGGUAAUCAAGAAGCUAAAAAAGCUAAUUUUAAUAUUGCUAAAG